UCUUGGUUUGAGAAUGUAAAGAUAUCGGCUAACACAUUCCACUGAGUGAACUUAUCACUGAAAUUCGAGUGGAUUUUCUUCCCAUUUCGACCAAAGAGGAGCCCAUGCCAACCUAAAACUUGGAUCUAUACUCUCCUACUUGAUCUACGUGGAUUAUCAGCGCCAUGUUCCGCUGUAUUCCACUGUUUCGAGCCUGCAACAGGCACGUUGAUUAUGUGGACCGACGACACGGCAACUUGUCUGCCGUGCCUGACGAUGUUUACCGGUACUCGCGUACGCUCGAGGAGCUUCUGUUGGAUGCGAACCAGAUUCGAGACUUGCCCAGGCAAUUUUUCCGCCUUCAAAAUCUUCGCAAAUUGGGACUCAGCGACAAUGAACUUGAAAGACUACCAGCUGAAAUAGGAAAUUUUAUGAAUCUAACGGAGCUUGACAUUAGUAGGAAUGAUAUUAUGGAAAUUCCGGACAAUAUCAAAUACUGCAAAGCAUUGGCGAUGGUAGACUUCAGUGGUAACCCGCUCUCAAGAUUACCAGCUGGAUUUACACAACUACACAACCUCAGUCACCUAACACUGAAUGAUGUCACCCUAGAAAACUUACCCACAGACAUUGGAAACCUCUCACAUCUCCAGAUGUUAGAGCUUCGGGAGAACCUUCUGAAGACCCUUCCAGAGUCCCUGUCCUUCUUGGUGCGUCUGGAGCUGUUGGACCUCGGCAGCAAUGAGCUUGAGGAGCUACCAGAGACCCUCGGGGCGCUGCCGAACCUGAUGGAGUUGUGGCUGGACUGCAACGCUCUCAGCUGCCUACCCCCGGAAAUCGGAAACCUGACGAGACUGACGGUUCUGGACAUCUCUGAGAAUAGUUUGGAGACUCUACCAGAUGAGAUUAGCGGACUCCAGAGUCUUACGGAUCUGACCCUCUCGCAAAACUGCCUUGAGAAACUGCCUGAGGGAAUUGGCAAGCUGAAACACCUGAGCAUCCUGAAGUUGGAUCAGAACAGGAUCGUCGCUCUCCCUUCUUCUAUCGGAGGAUGUGAGAGCAUGACAGAGUUGAUAAUGACCGAGAAUAUCAUCCAGGAGCUACCAGCGACCGUUGGGAACAUGUCCAGACUCAACAAUCUUAACGUGGACCGUAACAGACUCAUCCAUUUAAUACCGGAGAUCGGCAAAUGCACACAGCUCGGCGUGGUCUCCUUACGAGACAAUCGUCUUACCAGGCUACCCCCAGAGAUCGGCUUGCUGAAGGAGCUCCACGUCCUAGACGUCUCCGGUAACAGAUUGGACUGGCUUCCAAUCCAGCUGGCCAACUGUAACCUCAAAGCGCUUUGGUUAUCCGAGAACCAGUCUCAGCCGCUACUCAACUUUCAGACAGACGAGGUUGGGCCACAGCAUCUCAAGGUUCUAACCUGUUUCAUGCUGCCACAGAGAGGACCAUCAGAGAGUAUGGAAAAUCUCCUUGCAGGAAGCGUAGCAACAACCGAGGAUGACACCAACAGAGUAAGCUGGACAGAGAAACCUGAAAAGGCCAUCAAGUUUGACGACGAAGGCGUCGACUUUGAAGAACACGAACGACCGUCCAACUUUGUGCGUCACGACACUCCACAUCCCAGAGAGUUGAAAGCAAGACAUCCAAAGUUUGCUCAUCCAGGUCACCAUAAAGGCAAACAUAACCGCUCCACAGACGAGGACGAAAGCCAAGUCGGCACGGACGACGAGUCCGAAAAGCGUCUCUCAGUCAACAUCCCCAUGGAGACAGACCCGCUGUUGGCCGGAGCCACUGGCACCGUCGUCGUAACAACCACCACAACAACCACACAGCAGGCAGCUCCGCCGACGCCCAAUGUAGCGGAGGAUGAUAUGGAUGAUCCCUUUUUGAAAGCAGUUAACGUCGAGGUUGAGAAUUCAGCGAGGACCCCUGAUGGUCCGCCGGCCGUCAAUCGCCUGUCCAUGGACGGCUCGAAUGUGGGCGAGGAGGAAGAGAAACACGUGGGCUUCUCCAGCGACGUGGAAGACGAAGAAGAACCCCUCGAAAAAACAGACCUGAAAUUACACCGGCGGGACACCCCGCACUACCUGAAGAACAAACGGGUGAACCUGAGCGAGGAACCAGACGAGCUGACCACAGCGUUGCUGACCCAGGUCCUGGCCAGGACGGCUGCCGAACAGGCCAAGAAGGAACAGCCCAGUUACGAACGGCUCGAAAUAUCAUUCUCAAGAGAUGGAGGAGGUCUAGGAAUUAGCAUAGCUGGAGGACGAGGGUCAACGCCAUAUAAGGGCAAUGACCAGGGUAUAUUUAUAUCCAGAGUUGUUGAAGGCGCCAUGGCCUUCAAGCAGGGGCUUCUAGUCGGUGACAAGGUCCUCUCGGUGAACGGCGUAAACCUAGUAGACGCAGACCAUCUUGAAGCAGUUGAAGCGCUAAGGAGCAGCACCGACCACAUCAACAUCGUCAUUCUGCGCGAGACGGCCAACAACGCUGACGGGACGGCGGCAGCUACGACGCCCCAAGAGCCCGAACAGUCGCACGCUGAGGUCAACUUACCGUCAAUGCAUGACCCAUUGGAAGAACUUCUUUCCCAUCAGCCGACCCAAAUCUUGGAGGAUAGCGAAGGGAAGAUGCAAGAGAGGCCGGGUGUGAAGUUUGCGCCCGAGCCCAAAGUCCGGCUAGUCCAGGAGAAAAUCUCAAUCAAGCUUUGCAAAGAUUCCAACGGUCUCGGGUUCAGCAUCGCUGGGGGCAAAGGUUCCACUCCAUUCAAAGGCACAGACAAUUCAAUAUUUAUAUCGAGGAUAACGGAGGGUGGAGCAGCCGACCGUAUUGGUGUUCUGCUCGUAGGAGAUAAAGUCAUGGAGAUUAACAGCGUUGACAUGGAGUUUGCGAGACAUGACCAAGCGGUGGCGCUGUUGACCAGCACAAAGGUCAUCUCAAUGAUUGUAUUCCGUGAGUCCAUGGAGGUGGAGCACCACGAACCGAUAGUCAAACAUGAACCUCCUGAGUAUUACAAUCAGCAGGGUGGUGAUUACGCCAAUCAUGUUGAGCCGGUAGUAGAGGACAUCAGGCUGGUGCGUACCGGUGGUCCCCUUGGUCUUAGCAUCGUGGGUGGGAUCGACCACUCGAGCCACCCCUUUGGCGGCAACCAACCUGGUGUUUACAUAUCAAAGAUUGUUCCUAACGGGUCAGCAGCUAGAACAAACCUUUGCGUGGGCGAUCGUAUCAUCAGAGUGAAUGGAGUUGAGAUGAAGCACGCCACGCACCAAGAGGCAGUCACAGCGCUCCUUUCCAACGCUCAUGAGAUUCUACUAAGAGUGAGUCACGACGCUCCACCAAGUGGACUACAGGAGAUCACCAUUGUCAAAGCACCCGGAGAGAAACUUGGCAUCAGCAUCCGAGGAGGCAAUAAGGGGCACCCAGGCAACCCCCUAGACAAAAACGAUGAGGGUAUAUUUAUAUCAAAGGUCAAUGAGAUCGGAGCUGCAUCGAGGGACGCAAGGUUAAAUGUAGGGAUGAGAAUCUUAGAGGUAAACGGUCAAAGCAUGCUCGGGGCAAGACACGGCGAUGCUGUACGGGGACUGCGAAGCUCCGGCGAGCGCAUCCAGCUGUUUGUCUGCGACGGGUACGACCCCGGGGAGGUCGCAUUCUGGCAGGCGCGACCCGGAGUCGUGGGUAACCCACUGCAACACUUUGACAGCAACAAAAGGACCAGUCAAGAAAGUAUAUCAUCCAUCGAUCGGGAGAUGACAACGGAGGAACUUAAUCGUCUGAACCAGGAGAGCCAGUACCAGCAGGAGACGGAAGAAUGGGAAAAGGAAGAUCUUGUGAAAGUGGAUGUCUCAUCCCAGGAGGCCAUGAGGUUACAGAGGGAGGAAGACACCAAAAGGCUAAUGGCAGAAGGCACCGACAACCACAUAAACAAAGCCACCAUGAGAACAUUGGAAGACAUUGAGCCCCCACCCCCUGCGGUACAGGAAGCACCGGUAAACACACCACCACCAAUGGACCCAUUGGAAGCCCUCGAACCCCCUCCCCCUGUGGAGCAGGAACAGCCAGAAUACACAUCAUCAAUGAAUCUAUUAGAGGAUAUUGAGCCCUUACUACUCAUUGUGGAAAAGGAAGAGCCAGUUAAUGCUGCUGCGUCAAUGAAUACAUUGGAAGACUUUGAGCCCACGCCCCCUGUGGCAAAGGAAGAGCCGGUGCUGGAGAAUAAGACACCGGUCACUGAAACUACUCCUUCCAUUCCAACACCAACGGUCAUCCCCAACAACUACAGUAGUCUCGAGCCUCAGGCCACGCCUGAGGAAGAAGAAGGCCCCCCGCCGGUACCCUUAACGAGCCCCCCACCCUUCAGCCCACCUCCUGUUGAUGACAAGCCUGUUAGAAAGGCUCCCCCUCCCGUCGCCCCAAAACCACGGGAUCCCCCUAAGCCCAGAUGGGAUGACCGGGAUCCCCCUAAGCCCAAAUGGGAUGACCGGGAUCCCCCUACGCCCAAAUGGGAUGACCGGGACCCCCCUAAGCCCAGAUGGGACGACCGGGACCCCCCUAAGCCCCCUAGCCGCCCUCCAACAGAAGAGGAGAAGGAGGAGGUGGAGAAGUUGAAAGCGGCCAAACAGGCUCGCAAGGAGGCCCUCAGGGUGGCUCGAUUGUCCACGGGUAGCACCUCAAGUCGAUCGUCGGCGGGGACGCCAAGUCCGCUGAUGUCGCCCGAAAUCUUAUCGCCGGUCAAAUCAGCUAAGCCACUGAUGAAUAACGCAACAGGCCCAGAACGAAUGGCAUUCAAGGACAAAUGGAAGCGGUUUGAGCAGAAGGCCGAUGAGCAAGCUCACUCGACGCCCAAACAAGCGGGUAAGAAAGUCAACCUCGUCAGCGACCAAGACCUUCAGAAGAUCAAAGAAGAUGAGGACCGUAAGAUGCAGUCCAUGACCGAGGAGGAGAUCAUGAAUUAUUCACGUAAUAUCACCAUAGAAACUACCCCUUCCAAACAGACGAGGUCAGACGAUAUAUUCAACGUCACCAGUCCCAGCAUCAGCCCCAUAGCCGGGCUACCCUCUGAAAUUAGAACGGCAAAAGCCGAGCGAAGAUACUAUGAGAAAUUAAAGACUGAGGGUCACGUUAGCCCCGACGUCAACCAAGAGGACGGGCUCGAAAAAAGCCUCUCCCCGGCCGAGCUCAGGUCCAAGGAGGCGGAGAAGCGGGCAGCAUGGAGGGCAGCCAGGAUGAAGUCAUUGGAUGAUGACGCAUUAAGAGCUCAGAUGGUGCUAACUCAAGUCAAAGAUGCUGAAGAUGGUCUCCAUAUCAACGCCCUUAGCAAUGGAAACAACAAGCCUGCUGAGAAUGGUGAGAAUCCCGCUGUUAAAGUGUCUCCUUUAGAAGCUGAGUUGCAAUUCAUGGAUGAUGAGAAUGGAGGAGACUGAACUCGCAGAUAAACAUUUAAAGGAAACCAACCAGCCUGGGUAACUUCUCUCACAUCGCGAGCCCCAACGUUCACCCCCCUGAAGGAAAAUUGAAUGUUCCAAUCGAUGUAAAUCCGCAGAACUUCUUCAGAACAACCGUGGAAACAAUAUUUUUAUCUGUAAAAGUGAUAUGGGAACUUGUUGAGCCACAGAUCUUUGAACUGUAAUAUUUUUUUAAAUGUAGUUUUUAUCUUCCUGUUUGGGGAGAAUUUUUAACGGUUGUUUGGGAUUAUUAUUAUUAUUUUUUGUUCCAUUGUUUUGUUUGUACUUUCCAUUUGAUGAUUGUGAUGUCUUUAUGAAUGAAAGUUUGAGAUUGGAUCGCAAACUCCAAAGAGCAGGUGAUAUCAGAACCUGAGAAUUAAUCCCUAUAUUGUGUUUUUAGAAUUUUUACAAAAUAUUCUGAACAAAAUCUCCAUCAAUUUAACCUAUGUGAUAUUCUCCAAACUCAUAAUUGAGGUUUUACAUUUUUAACCACUCCAAUAUUUCCAGUUUUUAAACCGUUUUUUAAAACAGAAUAAUGAGUAAAUAUUUUUUGCAGGUUCAUAUAAAGAGUUUUUUAACUGGAUAAAAAGCAAUCAAAAGUUUUUUUAAUAGCUGCACAGGCCUCAUUGGGUUUGGUAGCUUCACGAGGGGAGUCGGUUGAGCUACCAUUUUGUCUACAUGUAUGUCAGGUACCCUAUGUUCAGCAUCCACAAUAACAGCUGAAAUGAUCAUUUCAUGUCGAGGUAUCAGACUAUUUUCCAACCCAGCCUCGGUAAAACUCCUGACUUCAACUUGAAAAAUCUGCAGAGAUUUUAAAUCCAAUAUGACAGACAUUCAGGGCUUAAUAUUAUGGCUCUGUUAAUCGUUGAAGUCUGCGCUUGCUAUCACCAUUCUCCGCUUACUGUGUGAGCGCUGAGUUUUGCGCCAGCUGUGUAAGCGAACAAUUCCUAGUAAUGUUGAGUAUGCACGCACACCAGCAAUGAUUCCCUGCUCACCUGUGAAAUAUGCUAUUUGUAAGCGUGAAAUACCCUGCUUCCGAAAGUGGCGAUUUCUUUGCUUACAGUAAGCAGAGCCAUCAAAUUGAGUACAACUUGGGCCGGCAUGGUUUUUGUAUUAUGUGUAUGGUAAAGUUUGUCCAGAUUUUUUUUUCUCGCAUAAUCCAUAUUCUCACUUUAAUCUUUCUAAUUCCCAAUCAAACUUGCCAAAAACUGGGAGUUCGUUUUUAAUUUUUUUGAUUUCUUUAUGAUUGUUUAAAAAUGUAGGUGGUAAUUAAUGGAAAACACAACUGUAUAAAUUAAUUGUUAAGAAGUUUUAGUUCCUCCCUUUGCGUGGAAGAACGGGUAUUCAGCCAUUUUGAUUUUGUACAGUCAUGUAUUUUUUUAUUUCUGAAUUAGUAAUUUUCAACUAAUAAUUGCUUGAAUUUUGUUCUUCAACUUUACACAAGUCCUUCAUGAGAAUUUUUAGCGAAGCUGAGCAAGACCUUUCCUGAUUGGCUGGUUUUCCAAUCUGUGUUUGCAAUGAGCCAAUCAUGUGCCCCGUUACAUGACUUUUUGCAAGGUACCAGCGAUCAUGUUUUAAUACCAAAGCAACUGUACAUUAAAACACACGUUCUGUUUCCUUCUAUUUUGUGGAAGUGAUCAAGUCAGUUUGAAUUUUUUUUUUUUAAAACAGGGAAGAUAUUUUUUGACGAAAUGUUGCCUACAAUGUUGUUUGCCUGUAAAUAAUGUAAUAAUGUAUACUUAGAAUAUGAAAGAGCGCGUCUUUUAAAACCCUGCCGUUUGUCUGUCUGUCCCACCUCCUCGCCAAACCCAACGUCGACUCCAACCCUCUCCCUAAAUCCCUUUCCUUUGUUAGUCCUCAAUGUUUCUGCCCAGUACACAUCAAUAGUCUUAAUUCUUGUACAAAUUAAAAGUAAAAAGGUGACAAUUUUUCUCAUCAUCAUUUUUUUUCUGAUGAUGUUUCUGAUAAGCGGUACCUUCCAAACUCUUCACGAUUUCUGAGCAACCCAGCCUCAAUCAUUGCUUGGAGUCCGUAAUCUUUUAACCAAACACCAAUGUAAACACUUGAUAACCAGACAAAGUUCCCUCCAAAUGGUCCUGCUGGCUAGUUCAGUGUGGAAAAGCAGUUACAACACCCCGGUUGGUCUUUUCCUCAGCAAAUUAUCACCGAAUCAGCUAAAUUUCAGUGGUUCUGUGAAACUUGGCCAUGGGUAUUUUUCUAAUGAUGCUCGUUUCAAGAUAGCAAUUCCAUGCUCAAGUGCCGGGCUGGUUGAGGUGGGGUGCCACUACAAUAAAUAGUUGCUUGGUAUGACUAGUCGCAGAGUCAAGAGUCUUUUUUUUUUCAAUAUACAGCUUGUAGGUGGUUUUUACCGUGGUUUCAUAUGUGUUGACCCGUUUCAGGGCAAAUUUGAGAUUUUUAGCCAUGGAUAUAUACACAUCAAUCUACGUAUUUUUUGGUGCCUUUUCUACAAUGUGGUGUUAAAUAUUGUGAAUAUUCUUAGUAAUUAUAUUAGGCCUUACUGUAGGCCAACAUCAUGCGGUGGCCAUGUACGUCUCGUUCCCCGUAUGCAAUCAAUAAUAAUGAAUGCAGAUUCUUAUUUGACAACCGAGGAGGCACCAGACCAGACUAAUUUGGCCCUCCCAGCCUCACUACGGUUAAUAUUGAUUUGAAUUGGGGAGAGACAAGAUGGCUGCUUCAUGAUUAAGGUCUGGUAUUUCAAUCGAGGGGGAAACCUCAUUAAGCUGUUAAGCAGAAAAUGCUGACAACUGGUGGGGCACCAGUCGCUACAAUAACUUACAUAUGCAUGUUGGCUGGUAACCCAUUGAUUCUAAGCAAGAAUGUCUGUGCUAAGCAUAUUUUCAUGCUUAUCAGCUUGAUGAAGUUCAACCAAGAAGUGUUACUUGACUUGAGCCCUGUGUAUAUUCCAAAACUGACCUAUUUUGUACAUCAAUAUGUCGUUUAAAAAGACUGACUGUGUAUUUUAAUACAAUUCUAGCAACAACAAAAAAAGCAAAGAAAACAAAUUGUAAAAAGAGCAUUAUAUGCUGAACUUCCUUAAAAGCUUUUUGUUACAACUAUAUACUUUUUUUUAAUAUUAAAAAACCUACUAUAAUUUGCUAUUGCGUUUGCUUGCGUGCGUAAUUUUUAAAAGAGGAAAUUGCUUGUGGGUAAUUUUGUUUAUUUCAAAUCAUUUUAAAGGAUAUGGAAAAUGGAAUGUAAUUUGUAUUAUUUUUAUUCAGAGAACAUAAAAGUCAUGUGUUUUAACAAGUCCAAGAACCAUAAACUUAUAACAUUUCUAUCAGGUGUAGAAUUUCAUACACAAAAUCAGGAACUACCCUUCAAUGUCUUUUUUUCGCCGUAGCACAGAGAGAUUUCCUAUCCCCAUUCUGUCUUUUAUUAUUUUCAAAUUAAUAUCUCCGCUUUCUUCCCUUCGUUUAUAAAACAAAAUGUAAAUUUGUGCUUGUUUAAUGUCCGACUUCCCUUUUCAUGUGAACUUUCUCUGUGCAACUGUGAACAUUUUUGCAAUGAAGGGCAGGCCCAAGUAGCAUACAUUUUCUACAUGUACAUGUACCAAGUUCCCUGUGAAAUAUUUUGAUUGACUUGUUUUUGUCUUUUGUUUAGGGGGAAACCAAACUAUUCCAUGACGACCAUGAAUUUCCAACGUGUUCUUCAAAAACUCAUGCCUAAAUUGCCACACAUAUUUAAGCAAUGCAAACAAAACAGCAAGAGUUUUGAACCAGAAAGUAUUGUGUAAGGCCGUGUCCGAAACGACGACUUCGGCUACAGCUACGUCUAGAUCAGCGCGUCUACCAGUGUUGAAGAAUAGGCAGACGCGCGCGAUCUAGCCGUAGCUGUAGCCGAAGUCGUCGUUUCGGACACGGCCUAAGUCUACAACACUUAAGCCUCCAUAGCCCCAUACGCUCAUGUGCCCUAUCAUUAGGCCGUGUCCGAAACGGCGACUUCGGCUACAGCUACUGCUAGAUCGCGCACGUCUGCCUAUUCUUCAACACUGGUAGACGCGCUGAUCUAGACGUAGCUGUAGCCGAAGUCGUCGUUUCGGACACAGCCAUACCAUUCUGUGCCCUUUGAUACCAUCAAUACCCCUUAACUAUUCAAUAAAAAACAUGUACCCACAUACCCCUGGUUCCUAUACGUACCUCCUGAUACCCACACAUACCCACCCAAUCUUACAGAUCGGGAUUGUGGGGUCCUGCUUUCGUUCUAUAAUACUCCCUUUUCUUAAGAAUCCCCUGAUAAACGCGCACAAACACCCCCACAAUCCUCAAAAUAUUUUCUGCUUUGGAACUUGGUACAUGCAGAAAAAAUCCCAAUCAGCAUUUUGAUUUGAAAUCAUAUGUCAUCAGUAACUAAAAUCAAUUUUAAUAUUAGAUAUUCCACAGCAUUUCGGGGCAAAGAAAAGUCAAACUGGGUUUGCUUCAGUGACUUUAUUUAAAUUCUUUACAUUUGUAAAUAACAAACAUGUAAUUAUAAACGAGCUGUAUUCCGUUUUAGUUUGUGAUCCAUAUGUUCUUCUUUUCAGACAUUGAUUAAAUAAUAUAUAGCAUUGGAGACUAAA